CAUGAGAUUGCAAUGUCUAUUCUACGCCUAGUCUGUGGUGUCCGAGUCGUGUCUAAUUUACGUCCUCCGCUCGCCCGAAAACAGCGAUCCCCCACUAUGUUUACUCAAGGAGCUGCCCGAGACUGGCAAAUUGCGAGCGAUUCUAUUACUCGGUACGACAAAUACAAAAAAGUAUUAAUGCGUUCAAUUUAGGAGGAUUCUUAUCAUUCUAAACCCAGUGUUCAAAUGAUUGGGCAUUCGUUGAAAUUAUGAGCGUGACGUCAUCGAUGUACAAAAUCGAUCAUGAUGGAUUCGAACGGGCAACAACUAAUAACGGUCGCCGAAUGGGGAUCUUUGAACGGACAAAAUAUCGAAAAAUAUACGCUGCGAAACAAUGCGAGCCAAGAAGUGGAUAUUAUAACAUAUGGUGCAACGAUAACGUCCAUCAGAACACCGGAUAAACAGGGUAACGUAGCGGACGUUGUUCUAGGCUUCGACACAGUGGAAGGAUACUCAUCUACGAAAAAUCCGUAUUUCGGUGCAACGAUAGGACGAGUCGCGAACCGUAUUGGCAAGGCAGCGUUUACUUUGAACGGGAAGAAAUAUCAUGUGUCGGCAAACAACGGUCAAAACACUCUUCACGGUGGCUCUAAGGGUUGGAGUUCAAAAAUCUGGAACGCUACGAUUCGGAACGAUCGGCUCGUCUUGUCUCUUUUGAGCGAGGACGGAGACCAAGGUUUUCCUGGUGCUGCUAUAGCUUCGGUCAGCUUCAGGCUGACCGUUCACGGGGAAUUAUGCAUCGACAUGAAAGUUUUCGUUACCAAAGCUACCCCAAUCAAUUUGGCUAAUCAUAGUUACUUCAAUCUAGCUGGUCAUAAGGGUGGCGCGACUGAACUGUAUAAACACGAGGUCAUGUUAAAUUCGGAUCGUUGGACAGUCACCGACACGGAGGGCAUUCCUACGGGUGAAAUAAGAUCAGUGGAGAACACUGUAAUGGAUUUGAGAAACCUAACAGUGCUGAAAGAUGCGAUCGAUAGAGUGCCAGGUGGUGGUUACGACACGAAUUUUUGCCUCACCGGCGAUAUCUUUGCGGACAAGAACAAGUUUGUCGCUAAAGUCUUACACCCUACUUCUGGAAGAUAUUUGGAGGUUUAUUCUAAUCAGCCUGGUGUACAAUUUUAUACGGCCAAUUUCCUUCCCGCCGAAGGAAGUACCGGUGUACAAGGAAAAGAUAAAGCCGAAUAUUUUAAGCAUGGAGCAUUUUGCCUAGAAACACAGGAUUAUCCGGAUGCUGUAAAUCAUGAAAACUUUCCCAAUAGUAUAUUGGAACCAGGAGAAAUCUAUCGUCAUAAUGUUAUAUAUAAAUUUGGCGUAUCGACGUAAGAAAAGAGCAGAAGCAACUUUUCGCGGGAACUCAUAGACAUUCUAGAAUUGUAAAUAUUUUAUGAAACCCGUACAUGGUUCUAAGAAAUUUUUCAUAGUUUCUUGCAUCGAGCUAUGCCUCAAAUUCAAUAUAAAAUAUCAACUAUAACCUAUAAACUGUAAAAUACAAAAUAUAACGUGUAGCAUUAAACUGAUACUACAUGGAUAAGGAAGGGGGUAGAUUGACUUCUAACGGGCGAUGUGCUUUCUUGCUAGACGUGGACUCGAUGUCUUCCAAUAAUCUAUCGUCGCGUUGUUGUUGUAUCGGUGCCGUUGCAGGUGUAUAACGAUCAGAAAUUAAUCCCUCUAUGUGGUAACCGAUGAAACCGAUUACACACGCUAUUGGUACUUGUACGUAUCUGCCGAAACUUCUCAUAUAAAACAUCCACAUUUUCUGAAAUUACAAUGCGACAUGGAGAUAUUUCAUAAAUUUGUUGUAAAAUGGAAUAAUAUCGACGAAUGCGGUAUCCUUUUUCUUCUCUCGGUAGUUUUAAAGCAAACAGUUCGCCCACUGCAGAGGUCGUGGUCGUAUGUGAUGUUUGAUAAAACUCGAUCGAUCGAAGAGGUUAGAAUGCUUUAACCCUUUACACUCGAAAAAUUUCUCACGAGAAAUAUUCAAUUUAUUUUUAUGAGAUAUAGAUGAGAUUUUUUUCAACUAACUUAACGAGGAAUCUAAUCGCAGAAUUAACAAAGAAAGGGAACAAUGGUAUUUAUUUUCGCAUCUCACGUAUCGACAGAUUACUCAAGACUCGAUGUUAAAUAGGAAAUUUUACAAUUUUACAAUUUUACCUUCGGAGUGCAAAGGGUUAAUGUAUCGCAUAUCGGAAUUCGUAGCUCGAUUCACUCGUAACAUGAAAUGUUAAAUGGUAUUUACAUGACGGCGGACUUACGUACACUGUUUUCAAUACUCUUCCUAAAGACAGGUAUUUGAACGACAAUUGCACCAGCACAGCGGAUCAAUACGCAGUUGAAUGACGAUUCGAGAGAAGCAGAAUAAUCGAAUUAUCUGAUUGGUAUGCUCCGAUAUUUCAUGCGGUAAUAAUAGGUAAUGUGCAACAAUGUUCCCACUGAAACGAGUAGCAAA